AUGAAUGGGGUUGUUCUCAUGGGGUUUUCUGCCGCGCCUGAGCUAGAAAUUUUAUUUGCUUCCUUGUGCUUAGUCCUCUAUUUGUUGUCUUUAACUGGCAACAUCCUCAUCAUCACCACCACUUCCAUGGAUGAGAGUCUCAACUGCCCCAUGUACUUUUUCCUGAAGCAUCUCUCCUCCUUGGAUCUCUGCUAUAUUUCUGUGACUGUACCGAGAUUCAUUUACAACUCAUUCAUGCAUAAUAGAAAUAUGUUUCUUUGGGAAUGCAUUUUGCAGUGUUUUGCUUUCGUUCUCUGUGCUUCUACUGAGAUUUUCUUGCUCACAGUGAUGUCCUAUGAUCGUUAUGUAGCCAUCUGCCUUCCACUGCAUUAUGAUAUCAUCAUGGAUGUCAAAACAUGUGUCCUUGGAGUAAUUGGAGUCUGGAUCAGUGGGGCCAUCUCUGGGGUCAUGCACACAACAGCGACUUUCUCCAUCCGCUUCUGUGGCCCUCGGAUCAUCCACCAGUUCUUCUGUGACAUCCCCCAAAUCCUGAAAAUCUCCUGCUCUCAUGAUUAUAUCCGUGAGAUUGGAGUCAUUGUUUUCACAGCUGUUUUGGCAUUACUUUGUGUCAUCUUUAUUGGAUUCUCCUACGUACACAUAUUUUCUUCUGUGCUGAGGAUGCCAUCUACAGAGAGCAGAACCAAAGCCUUGUCCACUUGCCUUCCUCACCUUGCUGUUGUCAUCUUAUUUCUUUCUACAGCUACCUUUGAGUAUUUUAAACCACAGUCUGAUUCUCCAACUGCUUUUGACAUGUUUCUUACUAUGAUGCCUUCUGGGGUGGCAGUCCAGGCAGUCAGACAAGCAUUUGGAGUUGAAAAUAUAUCAACGGCAAUGGAUGAAGACUUGGAAGAAGACUAG